AUGUCAAAGUUCCUGACCCAGGUCAAGGUCUCCAUGGCCCCUUUUUCACCUUCCUCAAAAACUGCAAAGAUCUUCCUCUCUAGGAUCAUCACCAAUGAUGCCCUCACUGUAAACCCCGCACUUAAAAUUGUUACCGAUUCUCAUGGAGAUGUCUCAAAGCCUGCUACAAUCCAGGUUACAUACAAGGAUGGGAAGACCCUUAACUUGCAGGCUGGUGAAAUGAAAGUCAACGACGUCUUGCGUCAAGUUGGAAAGCAUGCAAGGAAACUUCAGGAGAAGGAGGAUGCUGCUGCAUAA